AUGGAACUUACUAAUAAUGCACACAUCAAUCAAAUGCAAACAACUAAGGGCUACAAAGAAAGAAAAUCAUUCAGGGGAUACAGAACUGGAGAGGAAAUUGAACAAGAGAUUGAUAGCCUUGGUUUUAAAAAGGCAUACGAGGUUGGAGCUCAGGAGACGAAUGCUCAGAAAUCAAAGCAUCAUGGGUGGCAUAUGAAAAGCAUAUUUUGGGAUUUGCCGUAUUGGAAAACGAAUAUGAUUCGUCAUAAUCUGGAUGUCAUGCAUACUGAGAAAAAUGCUAGGGAGCUGGGGCGCGAGCCGACACAUGCUGAGGUGCAUAAGCGGAUGCACACUCUGAAGGCUGACCCUACCCGAUUCGUGGAUGAGCGCGCGAGGAUUGCGGCUGAGCGUUUUGAGCAGGAGAUGAUGGCCGCUACACAGACAUCCGAGGGGAGUACAACAUCUACCCCAGUGGAUCCGGACGAAGUUUAUCUUGCUGUUGAGGGGGUGAGAAAGCGGCGUAUCUACGGAUUAGGCUCAGUUGGUUCUGAGUACGUAGCCUCGCAGCGGGGUACUUCUAGUAGACGAGCCGGCAGCUCCGCUCAGACCAUGUCGCCAGCCGACGAUGCGAGGUUCCGCACUGAUCUCAUCGCUCAGUUUGCGGAUACAAUCCGUGAUCAGGUCCAGAUUGCGGUUGCAGCGGCGAUGCAGCAGAUGCAGCAGCGGGCCCCGGGAGAUGUUUUACCCACUCCUCCACCACCGGCUCCACCGGCUACUGAUGACGUUGUCCCAGAUGACGACGUCAAAGAUUUGUAG